AUGUUCUCUAUUUUCAAGGACGGUCCAGAGUACCUAAAGCGUACUCAGACGCCGUUCAAGCCAACGACGGCAACCCUUUCGGAAAUUCAUUCGAUCGUACCAAAGCACCUGCACGAGAGGAGCACGCUCAAGGCACUCCCAUAUGUUUUUCGCGAUGUCUUCUGCGCAUUCGUCGUGUAUAAACUGGGAGCGUUGAUCGACCCCUUCACCCGGUCUCUAGUCCAGAACUAUGGUCUUCCGCCGAUCGUUGGAACGGUAGCCAAAUGGCCUCUUUGGGCCUUGUACUGGCACUGGCAAGGAGUCAUCCUCGCCGGGUGGUGGUGCAUGGCUCAUGAGGCUGGCCAUGGAAGUCUGUCGCCAUACGGUUGGGUCAAUCACUUGAUUGGGUUUUCCUUGCAUACGUCUAUCCUAGUGCCCUAUUAUGCCUGGAGGUCGACACACCAUGCGCACCACAAAGCAACCAUGUCAAUCGAGCGCGACGAGAACUUUGUCCCGCGCACCCGCUCCGACUACGGCCUGCCCGCCGAAUCCGUAGCCCACAUCGCCGACUACCACGAAAUAUUCGAGGAGACGCCUAUCUACACUCUCGGACGUAUGAUAUUCAUGCAGCUGCUAGGAUGGCAAUACUACCUGUUGACUAACGCCAUGGGGUCGCCGAUGUAUCCCCCCGGUACAAAUCACUUCCAACCAUCGUCGCCAUUAUUCAAGCCCCAUGAGCGAAACGGGAUUAUCGCGUCGAACAUUGGACUGACUGUGAUGUCUUGCGUUCUCUACCUGUGGACGAAGGAGGUCGGGCUCAGCAAUUUUGCGAAACUCUACUUCGUCCCUUACCUUCUGGCAAAUCACUGGAUCGUCAUGUUGACUUACCUCCACCAUUCGGACCCUUCCAUCCCCCAUUAUCGUAACAAGCAGUGGUCUUUCCUCCGCGGUGCGAUCUCCACUGUCGACAGACCCCUGCUCGGUUGGGCUGGCCGUUUCUUCCUGCACAACGUCUCGCAUGACCACGUCGCCCACCACCUUUUCUCUUCCAUUCCCUUCUAUAACCAACCUCAGGUUACCGAAGCCAUAAAGAAGGUCCUCAAGGACGACCACAACUAUGAUUCAACCAACACCUUCCGGGCGCUCUACCGCACAUUCACGCAAUGCUGCUUCAUUGAAGACGAUGGCGACAUUGUGUUCUACAAGAACAAAGAUGGAAAGGCGUCGCGUGUCCUCGCUCCUGAGGCCUUGGAUUCUCCUCCGAAGAAGCUUGUUUGA